CAGACAAACAUCAUCAUGGAUUGAAGUAACUGCCAACCCUAAUUUUAUCAACACCUCCAAAAUUCCAGUACCAAAUCAUUUUACCAAACCAAAUGAUGUCUUGCAACGUUCAGUAACUCUACAUGAAUAUCUUUAGAGGAUCCCUGUGAUGUUUGAGUCCUUGCUACAAUUCUUUCAGUCCGAAUUACAGGAGCUGUACAAGUGGUCUAAAUGCGGCGACGGCGCGCUGUCGGCGGUGCCCACGCUGCUGUGGGCGCUGGGCGCAGCCGCGCUGUCUCAACGCAUUCUCGACGGGCUGUUCCGACGGUUCCUGUUCAGACGGGUGCCCUUGUGGGAGGUGGUGUUGCAGCAACUGCUUUUCGUAUGGAUGGUGAUCUACAGUCUUCAUUUCUGGGUAUUCUCUGUGCGAAUCAUCAAAGUUCUCAUCGACUACUUCUUGGACGACGUAAGUUAUAUACACCUGUACAAUCAGAUGCAGAUCAGGCCACUAACAGAAGCGGAGGUGCAGAGCCGGAAGACCAUCACUCAAUGGGUGAUCUGGUUCUGUGGCGUGGUGCCGGUGGCCGUCUACAUCCAGACUCGGCCGAGAAGGGCCCCGCCGCCGCUUAUGAUAUGGAUAACAGCAAACCCCUGGCACCGUCGCGAGAUGGGUCCCUACGGGUACUACCUACACCGCCCCCUGUCUUCACUGCAGUCCCACACUGCCCUGGGCUCGCGCGCCCCCGCCCCCGCGCUGCGCCGCGCCUACAGUGACUCCAAGAUCGUUAUACAGGAGCCGAGCAAGAAGAAGAGAUAUUCCAAGUCUGUGUAGGUAGGGGUGGAGGGAAAUAAAUGUGGUGGUGUUUGGUGCGGA